UCACAGCGUGUUGCGGACAGCAGAGACGGCCGCCGAGCAGCGUGGAGACGGACAGACAGACAGACUUUAGAAGACUCAAAGCACGAAAUGACAUUGAAAAUGCUUUCAGUCAACAAACAACAAGACAAACGUUGAAAACGCUUAACAGUCAAUAAUAAUAUCAAUAAUAAAAAAAUUAAUAAUAAAUGUGAAGCUGUGGCGCUAAGGAAAUAGCCAAAAAAUCUAACAACCACAACAAACAUGGGUAACGUUCAGACCCGCAAUUUGGAUGCCAAGUGUAUCCCCCAACGUCGCGGUAGCAUGUAUUGGAGUUUCCGUUACUCCUCGACGCGUCGCAGUCGAGAUGCCAAAUCGAUGACGGUGUUUAAUUCAAAAAUGGCAAUAUUGGAGUGGUUGGAUCUACUCGAUCUGAGGGAGUAUGAAAACAUCUUUCGCAUAUAUUCCUCCGUGGAUGAUUUAUUGGAUUUAGAUGAUGCCACACUCAAAGAAAUGGGAGUACGCCGUACCGAACAUCGUUCGAAAAUGUUAUCUAGUUUGGUACGCGUUCAAGCGAAGCGACGUCAAUCGGUGAAUAUCGAUGCUUCUCGUAACAGUAGCGUUUCUCCUUCUAUGCAAUUGAAGCGAAAGAAUUCAUGUCCAGCCAUUCGUACGGUGGGUGCGGAAACAUUGGAUACCGAAUUGGAUAAAUCGAUUUUAAGAAAUUCCAUGCGUGAAACAGGACGGAAAGUUAAUAGCCCCGAGGAAAAGAGGAGAUUUACAUUUGGUGAAGCGGAUAUAAUUUAUGAAGAACUAAGGCGACGUAACAGCACCACCUCUGACAAGGGUGAAGAGAAGCCAUCAGAAGAAGAAAAUCAAAAUUCCUCAUCAACAAAGACAGCAUCACAACCCAAGAUGGAUAAUGAAACCUCAUCAGGAUGUGGUGGCGUCGGAAGCGGAGGCAGUGGCUCCUUCAGUCAACCAUCCUCAUUGAUUGGCCCCACCACCAUGACUCCCAAUGAACAACAGGAGGUUAUGGCUUUGAAAAAAGCCCUCGAAUGGGAGCUGAGUUUGGAUUCACGCGAUUUACGUUCCCAUGCCUGGUAUCAUGGACCGCUACCACGGCAACGUGCCGAAGAGAUUGUACAGCGUGAAGGAGAUUUUCUGAUAAGAGACUGCACCUCACAGCCGGAUAAUUAUGUUCUUACAUGCCGCACCAAAACAUCUGUUCUGCACUUUGUAAUCAAUAAGAUUUUGGUACAACCAGAAACAGUUUACGAGCGGGUGCAAUAUCAGUUCGAGGAAGAUGCUUUUGAUGCCAUUCCAGAUCUAAUCACAUUCUAUGUGGGUUCGGGAAAACCUAUUUCACUAGCAUCUGGGGCACGCAUUCAAUAUCCCUGCAAUCGCCACUAUCCCCUCUCAUUCUAUGGCCAUAAAAUUGUCGGCAAUCAUUUGCAUUCUCAAAUGUUGGCAGGCCUACGCGGUGUUAGUCCCCUCAACUCACCGUUGGCGGCCAAUGCAGGUUUUCGUUUUACCGGAACUCCCAUGGGCGGACAACAACAACAGCAGCAACACAACAUGUUGCAACAUCAGCAAUCACUGCCCACCAGCAUUGGCGGUCAGAUGUCAGCAAAACAACCCGAAAGUCCCAUGUCUUCACCACCAAGAAAUAAGAUUUAUCCAGCCCCAAGGCUGCCUUCAAAGAAACAACGUUCCCAGAGUCUAACCCCGGCCCAAGCCAUUGUGGUGUCGAAUAUUAAAAAUGCCGAGGCUGGCAACAGUGCAGAUGGCAUGAUUCAAGGAAAUGGCGAAAAUGGUACCUCUUCGAAUGGUGGUUCCAUGACUCAUCUUCACAACAGCAAUAAUCAUGGUUAUCGUCCGGAGGUCAUCGCGAGGCGUUUCAAUCAAUUGGAGAAAAGCAAUAGCGUGUGUGGCUCGCCCAAUGAUGGAACACAGCUGCAUAGUCAUUUGGAGAAUUUGAGCAUACAUGGCAAAAUUCCGGCAAAUGGUUUCCAAACCAUUGCCCGCUGUACCAUGGGAGAUGUGGUGGAUCAUCAGCAUACCAAGUUUACCACCCACUCGCUGCCCCGGCCAGCAACCAAUAGUUUUAGGGGUAAUUUAAAUAGGACCUCUAGCCUGGCCCGGGAUUUCAAUGUAGACAAUGGAUCGUCGAAUAUGUUCUCAAGUUUGGAAAUAAGUAAGAUACCGGAGUUGCCAGAGAAGCCACCAAGUCCACCACCAAAACCGAAUCGCAGCAAUGGUGCUGGUGUUGGUAGUAUUAGUAGCCUGGCAAGACUGCCCAAGGAGGGUGGAGUAAUACUGGAUCAGCAAUAUCCCCUGCAAAGGCAGGGUGGCAUGGCUGGAAUUUAUCAGUUAAGUGGUUCCGAUUCGGGUAAUGGUUCGGGAGAUUCCAUGCCGGGGGAUAUGAAUGAGUUUAUCAUGCAUCGUGGGGUCAUCAUCAAGAAUCCACGCUUUAUGAGCAGUUCCACCUCAUCGGCCACACUCAAGAGUUUGAGUGAAUUUGAUGUCCAGGCGGCAGAGGAUUUGUUGUUUACCCUGGAGAUUCCGGAAUAUAAACCCACCUCCAAGUUUGAUGUGGAAAACUUCAGUACAUUGCUGCUACCCUCCGUGGAGAAUCGGCCCUUGGAUGGCGAUGCUUUGAACACCUUCAAAAUGAUGCUACUCGAAACUGGUCCCAAAAUGUUGGCGGAGCACAUAACACGCAUUGAUAUUGGCCUAAUGAUAGAGGCUCCAUCAACCGCGAUGGCCGAGGCAGAGACCCAAAAUGAAAAUGAUAAUCGCAAUAUUUUGGAUUGCUGUGGCCUGGAGCUGCUGACCCUACCCCAGGGUAAAAUUUUCCGUCAAGAUUUGGUGGAACGUACCCAGUGUCUAAAGCUAAUGGUGGCUGUGACCAUUCUCACCUGUCAAACGGACUUAGAUCGAGCCGAGUUGCUAAGCAAAUGGAUCCAGGUUGCUGUGGAAACAAAGACAGCACUGGGAAAUCUUUUUGGAUUUUCAUCCAUUAUGCUGGGCCUGUGCAUGCCUCAGAUCCAAAAGUUGGAUUCCGCCUGGCAUUUGUUGCGUCAAAAAUAUACCGAUGAUGCUUUCAUGUUUGAGGCCAAGUUGCGGCCAACAUUGAUAAGCAUGAAUGAGUGUUCCAAUCCCCAGGCGCCAAAUACAACAGUUCCUUAUGUCCUGCUCUAUGCUUUGCUCAAGGAUCGUUCAGUCAUGGAUAUUUUGAAUUUCAAUAACUCCACGGAGAAACCGUCGCUUUACAAUAUGUGCAUCACUGCGUGGGAAAGUAAAGCCGAUGAUUUUGGCAUGUACAUCAACUAUGCCCAUUUGGAUUCAUCGCGAAAUUUCCUUAAUAGUCUGAAAUUGUAUCGCAAAAAUGCCAAAAUAAUGCUGGAGGAAUCCAUAUCGAGAAUGGAUGAAUUGUUGAGCGAUGCUUUUAGAACGGAAUUUCACAUCAAAUUCCUGUGGGGCAGUAAAGGCGCCACCGCCACUGCCGAUGAUCGCCACUCGAAAUUGGAAAAAGUCUUGGCCCUAAUGGCUGAUAAAUUUUGUAAUGCCGAUACGAAUGGAUCAACUAACACUGCCUAAGAAACCCCAAACAAAAAUACUGCAGACAUCCCAACACAAAAACCAAAGCAAAGAAACCCUUUUACAAAGGAUUAUAUGGUAUAAUUAUAAGGAGAAUAACUAUUUAUAUUGUGUAUAAAAAAACCAAAGCAAAAACAAACAUUUGAUAUGAAUCAAGCAACUUUUUUACGGCCAAGGCUUAAAACAAACCGAUAACAGAACUUUGAAUCAAAAUUUACGAUAGACAGACAGUGAAACCCCGGAAACCAAUUUUUUAAUAUUUUGAAAUGGAUUUUUUUGUGAAUUACUUUAUUUUGUUGAAAACCGAUAAGAAAAAACUACCUCAACAAAAAUAAGAUUAACGAAAGUCUGUUAGGCAGCCUCCCUCUUCUCAUCAUCGCCAACACCGACAAAGAGAACAAAUCAUCAUGAUGUGUAAAAUAAUCAAAUUGAAUGUUAAGGUUAAAGGUCGGGGUAGGAAUCUUGCUGCAGAUCGUAUAAAAUAUACGAGAGUUACAAAAAAUGCUCCUCUCCUCUACCUUAACUUCAUUUGCUUAUCUGUCAUUCUGUGAAAUGAAAUAAUCCCCAAUUGGAAAGAAAAUAACCAUUUAGUUUUGGCAUUUUCAUUCAUAUCAUUAGUUGGUACUUUUUGUUAAAACUUAUUAUAUAAUUUAAAAAAUUAUUAUUUAUAUAUUAUUGUGAUCUAAGUACAACGUUCAUAGUUAUGUCUACAAAGAAAGCAACUUUUGUAAAUGUAUCUAAUUUUUAUCUAUCAUCGAAUACUCAUCUUAUGUUAUCCAACUAAUUCUAUAUAGAACAUGUCUGGUUUAUGCAGAAUCCUAGAGAUGCUAGAACACAUGUUAUAAGAUACUAUAUAUUUUUGCCUGCAAUACCAUACGAAAUUGUAUCAAUUAAGUUGAAAAAUGUGACUCGUAUCUUCAAAAUACCAACAACUAAAAAAGCUGUAAGUUAGGCACGGCCGAACCAUUUGGAACGAAUUUGGCAAUUUUCAAAAAACUAAAAUCCGUUAAAAAUGCUGUUAAAAUCUUAAAAAUAUCAAAUGUAACCGUCAUAUUAGGGUCUAAACGACUACGUAGACCUGCAAAGGCAAUUUUUGUCAUAAGCUAUUACAAUGAUCAAAUGCGAAACUUGGAAAAAUUCGGUGAAUAAUGUAGCUAAAAUCAUCAAUAUAGGGAGGUACUAUUACAUGGAAGCUAUACCAAAAUGUGGGCCUGCACUGAGAAUUUUCUGCCUUAGGCUGCAGUAUCCAUUAUGAACUUCAACUGCUAACUUUGAAACAAUUCCUGUGAAUAAUGUCGCUAAAAUCAUCAAAAUACCGAAUAUCGGGAGGUACCGUUAUAUGGGGGCUAUAUGAAGACGUGGACCUACACACACAAUUUUCUAACAUAGACUGUAGUAUUCAAAUAUAAAAUUUGAAACAAUUCCGGUGAAUAAUGUCGCUAAUAUAAUAAAAAUACCGAAAAUCAUGAGGUACCGUUACAUGGGGGCUAUAUCAAAACGUGGACCUACAUGGCCCAUUUUCAAUACCAAAAGUCCUGCAGACAUAAUAUACAUUUGCGUAAAUUUUUAUCAAUCCACUUUAUUUCGUUCGGAAGCUAGAGUGGUUUCCACAGACGGAUAAACGGACAUACGACAUAGAAUUUAAUGCUGAUCAAGAAUACUUUAUGGGGUCUAAAAUGUAUAUUUCGAGGUGUUAAAAACGGAAUGACAAAACUUAAUAUACCCUCCAUACUAUGGUAGAGGGUAUUAUAAUUUAAGGAUUCCAGCACUUGAGGCCCCAAAUUUGAACUUAUGGAAGUCAUUUACUUAAAUUUGUCAGCUCUCAACCGAUAUUCUUCAAAUAAUAAUUUAAAUAAUUUAGUAAUUACUAAAAUUUUUUAAAAGUUUCUUAAUUUUUUGUCACUUCCCGGAUUAAAAAGCAAUUGGAGAAAUUCAACUUUACAAUAUAAAUUUUGAAAAUUUAAAGAUAUAAUAUUCGUAUAUAAUUUCCUGCAUAAACAUUUUAUGUUCUAUAUAGAAUUAAAAUUUAAAAAUUGUAUACAAACACGCAAGCAUAUAUACGUUGUAACAUAUAAAUAUGUCCAUACAUACAUAUAUUUACCUGUAAUCAUUGAUAUCAAUUUUAUCAAUUAUUUUAUUUCAUUAUAUAUUAUUAUCAAAAAACUCAGUUGUGUAAUUUUAUCUCUCGUAACACAUUCCCAAAUCGUUUUAAAAUUUUGUGUAUUUUAUACAGAAUUUUGUUGAAAUCUUUUUUUAUAUAUAAGUAAUUUAUUUAUUAUCAACCACAAUUAGGCUAGAACUUUAUACACUUACUAUAUAUACAUACAUAUAUACUUAAAUAUAUAUAUACUAGAAUAACAAUCUUGUGCUAAGUAUUUCAUAUGAACUCCACUUCAAAACUAUCAACUUAAGAUCUUUGACAAGAAAUAAAAAAAUAUUUAUAUAUACAAAAAUUAUAUUUUACACAAGUCCGAGUGAUAUUAAAUAUUUCGGAAUUUUCGCUUUUAUGGAGCCGAAAUGAUAGUCAUAACCUCCAUUAGAAAAAGGAGUUAAACACGAUUUAAAAAUUGGUUCAAAAUUACAAAAUAUAUUCCUGAUUUAUAUUAGUCAAUUAUAAUUCCCACAAGUGCCAGAUUGUUGGAGAGAGAAGCCAAGACAAGACUACAAACUGACCCUUGCUGCAUUUAUAAUUGUUAAAUAUAAAUGAGGAGAUUUUCACAUGGACAACUCAAAUUUUCUACAAUUGUAAAGGAUAUUAUUCGAACACCCCCACUGAAAAUGCAGACGAAUCAUAUUCAUAACGACUUCCCUAUUACAAUAUUUUUCUCUGUAAGGAAUAAAACUUGAAUUAAAAAGCUAUUUUUUAAAUCUCUUUAGCUUAAUCUGCAUUCGUUCUUUAAUAACAAAUGUUCUCUAUCCCGUUGAACUUAUUCGUUCUGAAACUUCUUCCUUAUAGGGAAGUUUGACUUUGUGUUCUGGUCCCAUUUAAGCGAAACCUAUAACACCUCUUCCAAACACACACACCAACACACACUUAUAAAUAUAAAUAUUUAUCUACUUAUAAUUAUUAUUAUUAUGUUUUAUAUUGGACAAUAUUUAGUAAUCAAACGCAUUUACAUAGCAUUUUUACCAAAACAAUUUAUAAGGUAAUAGAUAUAAUGAAAUAAAAAGCAAAAUACCAAAAAAACACACAACAAAAAAUGGAAAAACUAUUUGUAAUAAAAUAAAAAAUAAAUAAAUAUCAAUGCAAUAAAUUGGUGAAAAUUAU